AUGACAUCUCUUCUGUUCCAGCUGGUUUCAGUCUUCCUCCUCCUGCUGGCUCCACUGUUGGCCAGCUGCCAGCAGAUCCGCCGACCGGUGGACUGCAGUGCCAUCUAUCUGCGAGACAAUAGCAAACCCAGUGGAGUGUACACCAUCUAUCCCGCUGGAAAGAGGUCUGCUGUCAAGGUGUACUGUGACAUGACUUCAGAAGGAGGACGGUGGACGGUGUUCCAGAGGAGGCUGGAUGGCACUUUGAACUUCUACAGGGGCUGGAAUCAAUACAAGACCGGCUUUGGUAGUGGUACUGGAGAGUACUGGCUCGGUCUUGAAAACAUCUACUACCUGACAAACAACAGAAAGAGUGAGCUGCUGGUCGACAUGGAGGACUUUGAGGGGAGAAAAGCGUUCGCUCGGUACUCUUCGUUCUCCGUCGGUGAAGGUGACGGAUUUGUGCUGAGUGUGUCUGGACUCAUUAGUGGAGGGGCAGGAGACUCCCUGAGUUAUCACAACGGAAUGAAAUUCACCACCUUUGACAAAGACCAGGACAACUGGUCUGGAAACUGUGCCAGAUUAACCCUGGGGGCAUUCUGGUUCAACGGCUGUCACCAUGCAAAUCCGAACGGCGUUUAUCGUUGGGGGGCUGACAGCACUGUCUCUUAUGUUGGAGUGGAGUGGGUACAUUUUAAAGGUUAUAACUACUCCCUGAAGACCAUCAGCAUGAAGAUCCGUCCUGUGCUGUAGUUCUCCAGGACCAACGUACAGCAGAAUAUCAGCUCAUCUCUUGUGAUUUCUUUCUCUUUCUCUCAUUAAGCAUUUAAUCUCACAAUAUGUCUUAUUUUCCUGAAACUGGGCACCAGCACAAAAAUACCAACUGAUGUUUGUAAUUCUUGUUACUGUCUGUGGUGGUGUAACGUAGGGCUGCACAAUAUGAGAAACAUAUGUGAUAAAUUGUUGAAUAUGGCGAUAACAAUAUCACUUGCGAUAAAUAAACAGAUUUUAAAGUGUUCUCAGUUCUACUGCUUUCAGUAUUCUACUAAAAUACAACAGUUUGUUGGAUCUAAAACAA